AUGAUAUCUAAGUUUUUAUAAGAAAAACAGAAACUAGUGGGAGGAGAAGCCAUAACUUCUUUAAGAGACAGAAUUAAGGCAUCGCGUGUGAAUUUUGAAGGAUUUUGCACAUGUGAAAUCUCUAAACCAGAGGAUGGUCAGUAGAGCUACAAGGCAACUAGAAAACUCAGAUGCUGAUUGCUGAAAGCCAGGAGUUGAUUCAGGACGAUCAAUGCCUGUUUAAUCAGUGAGGUACUGUUCGCAGCUUGCUUCUUUGGGCCGGUAAUAGAAAGUGCAACAUCAAAGACACACUACUAAUUUUCACCAAAAAUGCUUAUGCAACUAAAAUGGACCAGACCGGUUGAUUAAUGAAGCACCACAUGCUGUGCAAAGGUCCCUCCAUCCUCCUCUCUUUCUCUCUCUCUCUCUCUUUCUCUCUCUCUCUCUCUCUAUAUCUGCCACCUUACUCAGGCAAUAAAUGCACAUAUAAGUAUACAUGUACAACCGCAUAGAAAUUGUGGUAUAAGUUUGAGCAAGCUUCACCAUGCGUAAUGCUAAAUGCUUUGAGGUGCUAGAGAAGGGAAGCCUUGGAAUGCUGAGGUUCAUGGCAGAGAAGCUGCAAGCAAUUCUAUCACUCACCAGGAGGGUUAGGGUCAGGAACGGCCACUUUGUGGUGAUCGCAACACAAGGCAGGAAACCACAAAGGUUUUUCAUCAAGUUAGGCUAUCUCCAUCAUCCAGAGUUCUUGAAACUGUUGAAGCAAGCUGAGGAAGAAUUCGGAUUUUCCCAAGAGGGUGCAAUUGGAAUCCCUUGUCAACCAGACGAGCUUCAAAAGAUUCUCACCAUGUGAAAUCAUGAACCAUUCAAGACAUAAGAAGUAAUUUCACUAGGACUUCUUUUACGUUUCUAUAUAUCACUAGCUAGGAUUCUAUAGAUAGGUUAUAUAUGUUCAUUGUUCUCUAUGUUUAGCUCUAUGUGUAGCUAUCUCGGUUCAUCUUAAUGCUAGUGAUUGAGUUUGUGGUGUGUAAACUAUUGCAAAAGCUUUUACUUCCCUGUGAAGCCUGAAAAGUACUGAUAAUAAUGAUAGAAGCAUGCG